GAAAGCGGCAACUGAAGGAAGCGUGCACGCUGACUGCAGAGCCGCGCAAACAUGAAAUGCGCAUCCGCGUAUUCAUCUCGUGCAAAGGGGUGUGUUGGGCUGGAGGGGACCUUCUACAUUUGCAUCGGCGGAGAUUCCGAGAGCGGAAGCACACGAAGAGACAGGAAAAGUUUCUGAUGUGUCAGAUCAGUAAGGAUUUUUGUUUCACACCUUUUACGUUUUGGACUGUAUAUUUAAGCUCACGGUCAUCGGAUUUCACAUAUGAUUCCGCUGAAUGGGAGUGAUCGACACAAAGACCCAGACAGAUCAGCGGAGCUCCUCUUCGCCUCACUACUACACGAAGGGGAAAGUAAAAGUCUUCGGGCAUCGGCUGUGCGGUGGGAACCCAGGGUCAGCUCUGAUUACCAUGCGGUGCUUCCCCCACUGUGAGAUGUUGGGGGUAAAAUUAUUUGGAUUGCUUUGGAAUUCUGGAUAAGAAUCUGUGAACUCUGCACAGACCGGGAAGCCUAUCAGGUCGUACAUGAGAGAAGGGGGCUGAGUACUCAGUCACGGAUUGCCUCCUGACCGGACAUCGUUUGACUGCUCACAGACGCUAAGGGAGUGGACGAUUUCUUUAUAUACCUUUUGGCUUUUGGCGUUUGGGCUUCUUUGGACUGGAUAUGGUGUUCUCGGUGUUGCACAGUGAUGUGCGACUGGCACAGUUUGAAGGAAAUUGGAGCUGAAUGACAGGAUGCCGGUGACCUAAAUCCGCUCUCAGAUUAAUUCCAGCUUCUUUUAAAGAGACACUUUUCUUCUAUUUUCACCGUCAAGACGACGCAAAAAAACUAAUUGCUGGACACUUUUACGAGGAGGUGAUUUCCGAAAGUUUUUAUAUGCGUAAUUGUAUUUUUGGGGGGAUAAACCAAGAAUGAAUUUUGGAUUAGGUCUUGUCCUGUAUAUGGAAAUACUCUUGAUGGUCAAGUCUUUUAAAAACGAUAAAUGUGGAGGCAACAUCAGAAUUUCAACCGCUAACUACCUCACAUCGCCCGGAUACCCCAUAUCUUAUCCCCCUUCUCAGAGAUGCGUGUGGGUGAUAUCUGCGCCUGGUUCUCACCAACGGAUUCUCAUCAACUUCAACCCACACUUUGAUCUGGAGGACCGAGAAUGCAAAUAUGAUUAUGUAGAGGUACGAGAUGGUGUCGAUGAGAAUGGUCAGCUGGUGGGAAAGUACUGCGGGAAGAUUGCCCCCUCUCCAGUUGUCUCCUCUGGAUACCAGCUCUUUAUUAAAUUUGUGUCUGAUUAUGAGACUCAUGGAGCAGGUUUCUCAAUUCGAUAUGAGACUUUCAAGACAGGUCCUGAAUGCUCCAGGAACUUCACCUCUAACAGUGGUGUCAUUAAAUCACCUGGUUUUCCAGAGAAGUACCCAAACAACCUGGACUGCACUUUCAUGAUCUUUGCCCCAAAGAUGUCUGAGAUCAUUUUGGAAUUUGAGAGCUUUGAGCUGGAACCUGACCCUACACCACCUGCUGGUGUAUUCUGCCGCUAUGACAGGAUUGAAAUUUGGGAUGGUUUUCCAGGAGUUGGUCCAUACAUUGGGAGGUACUGUGGACAGAAGACUCCAGGCAGAAUCAUCUCUUACACAGGCAUCCUAGCACUGACAAUUAACACUGACAGCGCCAUUGCUAAGGAAGGCUUUUCUGCCAACUUCACAGUCAUUGAAAGGACUGUUUCAAAGGACUUUGACUGUAGUGACCCUUUGGGAAUGGAAUCAGGAGAGAUACCAUCAGACCAAAUUAUUGCUUCAACCCAGUACAACCCCAGCUGGUCUCCAGAGCGCUCCAGACUAAACUACAAUGAAAAUGCAUGGACACCAGCAGAGGACUCGAACAAAGAAUGGAUCCAGGUGGAUCUUGGUUUUUUGCGGGUUGUAUCAGCCCUUGGUAUCCAAGGGGCUAUCUCCCAAGAAACUAAAAGAAUUUACUUUGUUAAGUCCUACAAAGUGGAUGUCAGCUCUAAUGGAGAGGACUGGAUCACUGUGAAGGAAGGUUCUAAACAAAAGGUUUUUCAAGGCAACACCAACCCUUCCAAUGUUGCCAAGGCAAUACUGCCCAAACCCACACUGGCACGCUUUGUCCGGGUUCGACCUCUUACCUGGGAAACAGGCAUUGCACUACGCUUCGAGGUUUACGGCUGUAAGAUAUCAGAGUACCAAUGCUCAGGCAUGCUGGGCAUGAUAUCAGGUCUGAUCACUGACAGCCAAAUUACUGCAUCGUCCCAUACAGACAGGAGCUGGGUACCAGAGAACGUUCGCCUGCUUACCAGUAAAACAGGGUGGAUCCUGCUGCCCCAGCCACAGCCCUUCACCAAUGAAUGGCUGCAGGUAGAUCUUGGGGAGGAGAAGCUUGUUCGGGGGCUGAUCAUCCAGGGAGGGAAGCAUCGUGAGAAUAAAGUCUUUAUGAAGAAGUUCCGCCUUGGCUAUAGCAAAAAUGGCUCUGAUUGGAGGAUGGUGUUGGACAACAAUAGACAUAAGCCAAAGAUAUUUGAAGGGAACAGCAACUAUGAUACACCUGAACUGAGGACAGUGGAGCCCCUUAUCACACGGUUCAUCAAAAUCUUCCCAGAGAGGGCAAGUCCUGCUGGCAUUGGUUUGCGUUUUGAGCUCCUGGGCUGCGACGCUAAAGCUCCCUCAUUACCAUCCACGGCAGAAGCCCCAAGGACUACUCCAUUGAAUGAACGUAAUGAUGACGAAGCAAGUUACCACAGUGGCACAGGUGGUUCAACAAUGCCAGAUACUACAACUACUGAAACAGAUAGCAUCACAGCUUUUCUGUGGUUUGCCUGUGACUUUGGAUGGGCCAAUGGGCCAUCCUUCUGCAGCUGGUCGUGUGAGGACACUGGCUCUAAAUGGCAGAUUCAGUCCAGUGGUACCCCCACCCUCAACACUGGACCCAACAUGGAUCACAGAGGGGGAUCGGGGAACUUUAUCUAUACCUUAGCAACAGGUUCCCAAGAGACAGAGGUGGCUCGUCUUGUCAGCCCAGUAGUCAACUCUCCAAAUACAGACUUGUGUAUAUCCUUUUGGUACCACAUGUUUGGAUCGCAUAUUGGCACACUGCAUAUCAAGCAGCGCAAACAGACAGUGAAUGGAGCAGCUGAUAUUCUGCUUUGGAUGGUUAGUGGUCAUCAAGGCAACCGUUGGAGAGAGGGCCGUGUCCUUGUGCCACGUACCAACAAACCCUAUCAGGUUGUGAUCGAAGGUCUCGUGGAGAAAAAAAGCUGGGGAGACAUUGCUGUGGAUGACAUUAAGGUUAUGAAUGAGCUCAGCAUGACAGACUGUAAAGAUCCUGAUGUAACCACCGAGCCCCUGCUGCCAGAGGACCACUUCAAUGAAAUCUUUGAGGAGACAACUAAAUACCCAGACUUUGUGGAAACCAACCAGAUCAAUGGAGCAGGCAACAUGCUAAAGACUUUAGACCCAAUACUCAUUACUAUCAUUGCCAUGUCAGCCCUAGGGGUUUUUCUUGGUGCCAUUUGUGGUGUGGUCUUGUAUUGUGCCUGCUCACAUGGAGCAAUGUCAGACAGGAAUUUAUCAGCUUUGGAGAACUAUAAUUUUGAAUUAGUGGAUGGUGUAAAGCUAAAGAAGCACAAACUCAAUGUACAGAGCUUGUAUUCGGAGGCUUGACAUAGGACUCAUUGCACUGUUGUGGACAUUAUCCAUGGAUGAGCGCAAGUGAUUGCCAAUACCCUCAGUUACAGAACAGAAGAUUUAAAGCUGAUGUGUGCCUUUUUCAGGAGUUGCAGUAAAAAAAAAUGCCUGUAGGGGACACUGUGUACAAAAAAAUCUAUGUAUAAUCACUUUACAUAUUGUCAUUUUCUAUUUUUAUUUGCAUUACUUUUUACAAUCAGAUGCUGGUGUUGAGACCAAUGUAUUAACAAUAUUUAAAUUAUUUAUCUUAAUGAAAAAAAUGUCAUCAUUUAUGACAGCUGUUGUUUAUUUUCAAUGAAUAAAAGAGACGUAUUAAAAUUCUAAUUGAAUCAUAUCUGGCAAAUAAAAAUAUAUAUAUAUUUACUUUAUGUUGAGACAGGACAGGCUCUUGGCAUAGGCAGUAUGGUGGUCACCUAGAGAGGGGUAUAGCUGCUCUGUUAAAAAUGUUAUGUUUAAGCUUUAACAACUUCAGCAGACACACACAGCAAACACAUUUAUAUUAUUACAUUUGGACAUUCAUCUAGAUUCAUAAGCAACGAUUCCAUAGUUCUGAAAAAAUGUUAGCUUCAAUCAGUUUAACAAAACACACAUUGCAAGCUGUCAUAGUUUGCUUGAAUGUGCAUGUGCAACACUUAAAUCAGGCACACAAAACCACACUAUGAAUUGUCUCUCAAUGAAUUUACUAAUUAUGGAUCUAAUGCUAGUAGAAAUAUGGUAAAUUUCACAAAACAGACAGAAAAUCAGUCAAAUAUUAAUAAACUAGUAGAAAUGAAGGAAACCGAUCCAACAAAUAUUGUGGAAUUUUAUAAUUACAUUGUAAUUAAGCAAAAAAACUGAAAACAGCAAGAUUUAAUUGUUUAGUCCAGACACUUUGCGAACUAAACGUUUUUAAAGAAGUUAAAUUAAUUCAUAAGUAAAGUAUUUAGAUUCACAUUCUCAUUCUCUAUUUAUUCUUGGGGGCAACAAUUCAUUAUCUCACCUAGUGCCAAAAUUGCUUGAGUUGGCAACUGUGUUGAGGGAAAAAGUGCUGAUCAUCUAUAAUCCUAAAACACGUUCCUAUAAUUGCUACUCAAAGAUCAGGGUUCCAAUGUAUGGUUCUGUUAGUGCCUUUACUAUAUUUAUGUUUUUUUAUAUUGAUUUGUUUACUUGGCUUAAGUUACAGUGGUAUACCGAAACAGAUUAUCUGACAGAGCUUUGUUUUAUUUUUGUUGCCUAAUUGUCCAAAACCAUUGCACUGUAAAUACGUUUUAAUUUAUUUUAUUGUUUCUUUAAAGUAAGGUACUGUAAAAAAAAGGAAAGUGUUUCGCUUUUGUUGCUUUAUGCAUAUACCAUCUUCUGACAGCUUUUUGAAAGAUACAGGUAAAGAUACAAGUAAAACUUGUGUCAAUGUCAAUUCAACCCAUCUGCCAUUGAUACACCUGCACAAGAACCUGAAUAAAAAAUGAGGGAAAAGUAAACAACAACAAAAACUGGGGUAGUGCCAUUAAACAUGGCCAUGGUCUUAGCUUUUAGUCUUACUAAAGUUAAGACUUGGGUCACCUUCAAACUCACUGUGGAUCUGUCACUGAUGUUCUGUCUGAAUAAGGCAGCUUUGUUUCUGAUUCCCUCAUGACAGAAAUAAUUUAAUAGCAGAUUAAACAACUAAACAAUGGUGCUAUUUUUACCUUUGCCGGUGCACAUCACAUGUUUAAACCAGUUUGUAUUUUUCACAUGUUGAUUUGUAGCUUAGGACCUUUGCAGUCUAGUGUUUUUAUGUGUAGCUGCAGAUUCAGUGUGCAGAUGUUGUCAUCAGGAUUCUAUUUUAUUCUAUUCACCAAAGGAUGGGACAGAAACUCAGCGGUUUGUAUAUUACAACCAAACAAUCAAGAGUCUAAUACUGAGAAAUGUGAUGUUAUCAACGUCAACAUGUGCUUUUUAUUUCAUGCCGUAGUGAAUACUUCUCAGCAUGUUCAUUUUCAGAAACAAGCACUCCCAAUGCUAUACCUUCUGUGCUGUAACUCAAAUAGCGUUUUGCUAGAAACUAGAUGGAAAAUGGACACUGUAGCAGGGAAGGCUUGCUGAAAUGAUGCUGCACUGAAAAAAUAUUUAAAAGUAUUGUAUUAUAUUAUAGUUUUUAGUGUAUAGUGUUCAUUUUUAGAAGAAUAAAAUGAAAUAAAUUAAUUUCAUUUAUCUUUUUAAAUGUUCCAUUUUAGAUUGUGAUUUGCAUAUUAAUUUUUGUACAGACUUUUUUUACAAUAACAAGGAAAUUAGAUUUUUAUUUUCUAUACCGCUUCUGUAAUUUGCUGUUAUAGGGAAAAUUAAUAAAUGGUGAGGACUUAAAAUUAAAAUGACAGUAUUUGCCAGGUUCAAAUACAAGACAGUAGCUUUUUGUAAAAUGGGUUUUAUACUUUUGUUUUUACUAUUUUUUGUUCCAGACCUAUAAAGACAAAUUAAAAAAGUGUGAAUAUGAA